UGAAAAUUAUAAGCAAUUGUUCUGGACAUUCUCCUGCCAUGAGUUCAUCAAAGCCCUACAUUGGUUGUAAAAUAGGGUUAAUUUCGAAAGCCCAAAAUCGUUAUGAGGGGAUUUUGUAUACAAUUGAUAAAGUGAACUCUACAAUAGUGCUGGCUAAAGUCAAGUGUUUUGGAACUGAGGGACGACCCACAGACCGACCAACUCACCCCAAAGAUGAUGUCUAUGAGUACAUCACUUUCCGCGGAAGUGAUAUUAAGGACAUCACACUGUGUGAAGCUCCAAGAUCUCACCACCACGGCCUACCCCCGGAUCCUGCAAUAGUACAGUCUUCUGGUGGAGGCCCUUCAAACAUCUACUCACCUCUUGGACCAUUUAGCCCCUUACGGAUGCCAGCCUACAACCAGCUUGCUGCCAGCUCUCUGCUUAAUCAACAAUAUGCUACAGCUCUUGGCCUUGGGCUUCCAGGCUUACAUGUUAGAAGGGGCCCCAUGGUGGAAAAGUCUGUUCAAACCCUCCAAGUGGAUAGAACUAGGCAGAGGGGAGACUUCUCUGUAUCCCAGGAGCGGGAGCAGCAGUGGGAAAGAAGGCCUCAGAAACCCAGAGGAGAGAUUCCACAGACCAGAAGGGCCACUGGAGCCAACAUGAAGUCAGGCCCAGGUGUGCCCAAUGCUCAGCAGGAAACUCGGCAACAGAAUGAUGAAAACAGGCCAACACCCAGCCGAAAACAAGGACCUCGGAGGCGCAGAGUCCGUAGUAGAGGCCAGCUGAUUGUGGCUAAUGUUCCAUCUGCAGUCCUGAAGUUUGACACAGACUUUGAUUUUGAUUUAUCAAACGCGCAGUUUGUAAAGGAGGGGCUGGAGAGGGAGGUGCACGGGACGAAAGAUGAAAAUCCUAAAGGAGAGGAGAAGGGAAAAGAACAAUUGCUCUCAAAAGCAGAGGAUGAUCUUUUUGGACCAAAAUGCUACUACAACAAAGCAAAGUGCUUCUUUGACAACAUCUCGUCCGACACAAAGUUCAGACAAACAUGGGCGGAGGAGCGGAAGCGCAACAUGGAGACUUUUGGUGUCCCUGGACGGUUCUUGAGGUGCCAAGGCUUCAGAGGUGGCUAUAGUGGACGAAGAGGACGGGGCACUGCUCAGACUCAGUCUUCUUACAGAACCAGGAGUGGUCAGCUGUAAAGGUCAGAGUUUGACACUAAAGCAACCCCAUGCUAUAGGGAUGGCUUCCUCUCGCAUAAAAUCGGACUUGUCUGUUCGAAGAAGGAUCUAUUUUCGUUUUUUUUUUCCCCUGAGGCCCUUAUGCCCCCAUAACGCCAGUAUUUUAUUUAUGCCCUUUGGCCACUUUUGCAUAUAUGCAUGGCUCACUAAAUGGUCCACCUUGUUUGACAAUAGUUCUUCCCCUCAGAAUGUUUGUUUGAGUAUUUCCCCCUUCAAUUAAAUGAGAGCGUUUAAGUUUGUUUUGUUUUCUACUUGGAAGAAUUUCACUCCCAAACGUGUUUUGGUUUCAUGUUUAAAAAGGGAUCUGGCUUUGCUUCUUGGGAGAAGGCAACAUUUAUUUAAUUAAAAAAUAUUGUAUACUAUAGAUAUAAACACGAUUAACUAAACUUGAAUGAAUUUCACAUCUAAAUCAUUGUUUUGUUCUGUAAUAUUGAAGCAACAAGUGAGACUAAUGUAAAUAAAAUGGAAGUUGCUGAUUCA